AUGGAUAUUCCGGCUGUGCAACAACUGGCAGUAACAGGUGUGCCGGAUGGUUUCCUGAUACGCCUGAUAAGCCUUGAAACGCAUGCUGUCAUCUAUUUCCCGACAGUUUCGGAUCGUCAGUUCGGUGCCACCGUAUUUUAUUUGUACGGCUCUGUACAGGCCAUUAUGCAGGCAAGAAAGUAUAUUCAGGGUCUUUUACCGGUGCAACUGACAUUCCAUGUCGAGAACGACGAUUUGCUGAAUCCGGUGGAUGCGUCAAGUCGUGAGGUAUUCCUCAGAGAUGCGGAACGUAAUUUGACUAUAAUGAUAAAAAAGAGCAACCUUGAAGGCCAAAAAUUAGCCGACAGUGACACA